AUGAAGUUUGGAGCAACUCCUAUCGCGGCGCUUGUUGCCAGCCUUCUGCUUCCGCUUGCCUCCAGUAUACAUAUCUUACCAGAUUCCAAUGGUGCCUUGUCCCUUCAAGACAGCUAUGACUAUAUUGUUGUGGGUGCUGGGAUAGGCGGUCUUGUUGUUGCCAAUCGUCUAUCGGAGGAUCCGACAAUAUCGGUGCUAGUGAUCGAGGCUAGAGACCUGGAUGACCGCGCCGAGGAUGUCUCGAUUCCGGGAAAUAUCGGACUUGAAGAUCCACGCCGAUAUAAGGUAAAGCUGGAUUUGGCAGUUCAAGAAUUUCUUGACGGCAAAGAACGGGUCAUAAGCCAGGGAAAAGUAGUUGGGGGAAGUACUAUCGUCAAUGGCCUUGUCUGGACAAGAGGCUCGAUGGCCAACUUCGAUGCCUGGGAGCGUCUAGGAAAUCCAGGCUGGGGAUGGGCAGGUCUUCUACCCUACUUCAAAAAGUGUGAGAAGUACACUGUGCAACCUAGUAAUAGGCCGGCGCAUAACUUCCCUAUGGAUGUUUACCCAGUCAUCGAAGCGCAUGGUAACAAAGGGCCGGUCGAGGUUGGUUAUCCAAACUACUACUACAACCAGUCCUGCAACUUCCUCGACGGUAUCCAAGAACUCGGGAUACCCGUCAACGAAGAUCCCAAUAGCGGCAAUGCCACGGGGGCCAGUCUCAUUCCCAGCAGUAUGGUCGCGAAAAACCAGUCACGUUCCGACGCGCGCAUCGCGUACCUCGACCCAGUGUUGAACCGCCCAAAUUUGCAUCUCGUUACCGGCCAUACCGUUACUUGUAUCCUCUAUGAUAACGAUGGGGCUACUUUCCUGAAUUCGACUUAUAUCCCUGGAGCUUCCGGGCUAAAUAUGAUUGGUGUUGAGUUUGCCGCCAACUCAACUGCGAACAAGAUCCGUAUCAAUUGUGAAGUGGAAGUAAUUCUUGCAGCUGGCGCAAUCUUUUCCCCUGUCUUGUUGCAGAUCUCUGGCAUUGGGCCAGCUAAACUUCUAGGGAAUUUAGGGGUAGACAUCGCCAUUGAUCUUCCAGGGGUAGGUAGCAAUCUUCAGGAUCACCCUACUCUACAGCCUGUCUAUAAAUAUACUUCGCCGGAUGUGUUCUCUGCGUGGGAUAUUGUAGGGAGCACUCGGGAUGCCGUUCGAGAGGAGUAUUUCACUAAUCGUACAGGGCCCUGGACAGCACCGAUGGUGGAUAUCAUUGCGCUGCCUGCUUUAAGCUGGGUGACCGACGACCUUCAAGAGUGGUUGGAUGAGGCUAUGAACACCACAAACAACUUGCCACUUUUUUACGACGAGACUCUUCACGCAGGAUAUCUCGCACAGCGGGAUGAGGUGAUAUCUAUGCUUGCGCGAACCGACACACCAGCAUAUGAAGUUAUGUCGACCUCAUGGGGUCAACUUGGAGUGAGUGCCAUGCAGCCGCUCUCUCGAGGGACGGUCCUGGCAAAAUCCUCGUCGAUGUUUGAGAACCAGCCUAUCAUCGACCCACGAUUUUGCUCGCAUUCUAUUGACUGUAAACUGCUACUUCUCGCGCUCGGAUUUAAUGACCAACUUAUCCAGACGUCGCCAAUGGCAGCGUUGAUACCAGUGGCGCCACCUGGCUUUGGUAUCGCCGAUGCUAGAAACCAGACGAUGGUAGAUGAGGCGAUGCGGUCGAUAAUCACGUCCGGAUUCCACCUAAGUGGAACUACAUCUAUGUUACCAAUCGAUUUGGGUGGGGUGGUAGAUUCGUCCCUGACAGUGUACGGUACGAGGAACCUGAGAGUCGUAGAUGCGGGGAUUAUCCCAUUGCUUCCUGCCGCACAUAUACAAGCUGCGUUAUACGCCAUUGCUGAAAAGGCCGCGGAUAUUAUCAAGGCUGGAAACUGA